AUGAAUAACCCGAUUCAUUGUGACAAUAAAACAAUCAAAUGGAGAUUCGAAAAUGUGAAAGAGUGGAAAGGAGAAAAGAGAUAUAGUGAAGAAUUUGAGAUAGAUUCUGUAAAAUGGAAAAUUGGCAUUGAGCUGAGAAAUCGAAGUGGUAAACAGGAUCUGUAUGCCGAUUUCUACUGCUGUAGUUUGGAGAAUGUGAAGGGAUCUAUUUGCGCAGUGAAAGCGGAAGUGAUACUUUUGAGGCAAAUCGGAGAAAAUAAUCAUUUGAGUAGAUUUUCUGAAAACGUCAAAUAUUUUGAUUCAGAUGAUUACCGUUAUUCCUGCGACGUUCCUACAUAUUUUUGGUUAGUUCUAAUAUAUUUUCGUUUAUAUUUUUCAUAUUUACAGGGAUAAUAUUUUGUUGCAACAAAACAGAUUGGUAAAAAACAAUUCGAUUAUAAUAGAAGUUAACUUUGAUUUCAUUUUCUACGAUUUCUCGAGAAAGGUUCCGAACUACUCUGAUCUUGUUGUGAAGGUUGAAGAUGUUGAAUUACAUUUCAACAAAGGAGUGAGUUAUAUUCUCAAAAUCUUCUUGAAAUCUUGAUUUUUCAGUCACUUUGCAUGCUUUCCGAUUAUUUCUACAAUCUUUUGAUCACAAACAAUUCAGCACAAUCUUCUGAAAUCAAAAUUGACGAUGUGAAAUUAUUGGAUUUCAUGAAACUUAUGAUGUUUUCGCAUCCGAAUGUUCCGUUUUGGCAAGCGAUAGAAGUUAUUGAGUUUAUUAAAAGUGAGUUUUCAAAUUUCUCGAUUUUCAAGAUUUUUUUUUGUUCAGCUGAUGAUUGCGACAAAUUUUUGGAUCUCGCCAGUCGUUUCAAAAUCAAAACAAUUCCAAUGAAAAUCGCAACACUCUUGGAAACUUCAAAUAAUUCGAAUUCAAAAUGUGUGAUCAUGAAAUUCAUAAAAUUCGCUGACAAGUUCAAUUUUCCAAGAUUGUUGGUGAGAAAAAUGUUUUUUCUUAGAAUUUUGCUGAAAAUUUUAAUUUUCAGCAAACUUGUAUGCAAUCUUUCAAAUCGAGUAAAGAACUCAAAGAAGCUACGAAAACAGUUGAAUUCGAGGCGCUUUCAGAUGUUUCGAAGGUUCAAUUUCUUCGAAGAUUUUUAGAUUUUGAAUAA